AAUGUUUUAUGAAAUAAUGUUUCAAUUUGUAUGUCAAAGUGUGAAAAUCAAUAACAAAACUAAUCGAUUUGAUAGUCGCAAGAUAAUAGCGUCACUUCAUUUUUAAUAGAUUACUUGUCAAUUUCAUUAAAAUAAUGGAAGCAUGUAGUGUAGCCGCCCAUUGAGGAUCAUACACGUGAAAGUAGCAACGAAGUUAAUACCAUCACACAAAGACAUCAUUUAUCAAAAAUGAUCCAACCUUACUCAAGAGUACAACCGAAAAUAAACAUUUUAGUCAAAUCAAAACUUGAAGAGAAACGUUUGUCAAAAAUACUGAGGGCGGUUCUUAUUUUUGUAUUUGUCAUAUUUUCUUUAAAUUUUGGUGUAGUAAAAUUCAAAUCAUAUAAAGUCAAUGUCUUGGCAAAGUCAUUUUGUGUGCUAGAAACUUUAGGAAUUGGGAUUGUUCUUAUUUUGCAUUACAUCUACGCAUUGGACGAUAUGGUGAUGAAAUUUUGGUACUGUACGUAUGUCAUGGAGUACUUCAUCUUAGUAUUUACUUUGCUUUUCUUAAAUCAAACAACCUUUGUGGAUUUCUACGAAGAUUUGAUGUCGAUUGACGCUGAACUGUGUAAAUGUACUUACAAAAGACCAGAAUUUAUAAUCAUAAUUUGGUCUGUUGUAUCAAUGGCAUACAGAUCUUUCUUGUCGUUAAUAUACUGUUUAUUUUUUAAAGAAUACUGCAUUCUAUCAGUGUUCUUUAUAAUUCUGUUUGAUGUGCCUUUACUGUGCAGCGAUAUAUUUCUCAUAGUAUUCUUUAUUAUUUACUACACGUUGUACUGUCGUAUGAAAAACUUUACAAGUCUAGUAAAGAAUGGGAAUUCUAACAUCGUGUCAAACUAUUACAUGUACAAGUCGAUUGCUGAUGUCUACGAUAGAAUCAAAAUUCUUUACAAUCCCUUGGUAAGCAAGCUUUUUGUAUUUACUUGGUUUCAUCAUGUAUGUAGUAUUUAUUUUAAUUAAAAUCUUCUUUUUAGUUCGUUGUGCCUCUAGUUUUUCACACAGUUGACAUGAUGAUUACGAUUUUUUAUCCACUCUUGGAUUUGGAUCAAAAUAUGAAGUCAGCGAUCAGCAUGUUGACCGCCAACGUGUCAGUGAUCCAUGUAUUCAUCCUGCUGUUUGCGCCAGCGUUCGCUGCAGGUCUACUGACAGCCCAGGUGGAGAAGCUACGACUAGUGCUAUUGGAUAGACUUCUGCAAGAAAGAGAUCAAAAACACACCAUCGAUAUUGAGAGGUUCAUCCGCUACAUCGAAGCUCGUCCUCUGAAGACUGUCAUCUGCAAGGUCAUCCACUUGGACUGGAAGCUGCCUGUGUCAGUCGUGAACAUUUGCGUCACGUAUCUAAUCGUUAUGCUGCAGUUCACUCACAAAUAUUGAAUAUCAAAAACCUUAAAAUUAACUACAUGCUGUUUUCACAUUGUAUUCGCUUUUUUUUAAGUUUAAAAACCUGUAUAAAAGGUGUUUGUUUACUUCAAUAAUGUUAUCAGGUUUUGUAAUCAUUUUAACAGCCUCUGUGGUCUAGUGGUAAGACCACCUGCUUCAGACGCAGAGGUCCCGGGUUCGAUUCCCAG